ACCUUUCGGGAACCAACUCGAUCUCGACCUCGAUCUUGACCCUCUCCUCUCCCCCUCCUCGUCCACCAGCCAGACACAAUGUCGUCGUCUCGCGUGGGUUUCCGCUUCCUCAACAACGCUCGCUUUGCGUUCCGCAAUGCCUCUGCGCCAUUCCGCCGGCCGGGUGCCCAGGGCUUCCGCUUCCAGAGCUCCGAGGCCGGCGCUGCUGAGCAACAGAGCGCUUUCCAGCGCAUGUGGAACAGCCCUGUUGGUGUGAAGACUGUGCAUUUCUGGGCCCCCGUUAUGAAGUGGGCGCUUGUCAUCGCCGGUAUCUCCGACUUCAACCGCCCAGCUGAGAAGCUGUCUCUGACCCAGAACUGCGCCCUGAUGGCCACCGGUGCCAUCUGGACUCGCUGGUGUCUUAUCAUCAAGCCCCGGAACGUCCUCCUUGCCGCCGUUAACUUCUUCCUCGGAUGCGUUGGUGUCGUUCAGGUCUCCCGUAUCUUCAUGUGGCAGCGCAGCCAGAAGGGUUCUUCCCUUGAGGCUGCUAAGGAGCUCGAGCACGAGGCCGCCGACUCUGCCAAGGCAGUCGUGGACCAGGCUGAGACCGCUGUGAAGGCUGCUGCUGAGAAGACUGCUUAAACGAAAGCUGAUACAGAGUGAAGUUGCGGUUGCGGUUGCAGUUGCAGUUGCGGGCACUGGAAAGAUUUGGAUGGAUAUUUGCUUCGCAUUUAGACCUCGGGGGAAAACUGUUGAGACGAGGGUGAUUCAUCUGGGAUCCGAUCGAGAGUCUGUUUACCAUUUGCGCUGACAUAUAUUGUGUCUAUGGGGGACCCGCUGUACAUAUAAACCAUGCCAGUGAUUGUUUCUGUUUUUCUCAUUGA